UGCCAAGCUUAUCCGGCAAAAAUGGCCAUGAACUAUCUUUCCACCUGUUGGCCUUGUGAAAUUCUGACGCCAGAGUGGUGGUUGUGAGCCUGACAACUUGUAUAAAAAGCACAUGCCCUUACACUGUCCGACCAAUGUGAAGAGACGACACAUCACAAGCCAGCUGCUCCUUCUCCCAAGACCAUGAAGGCUAAGUGCCCUCCCGCCACCUUGCUGCUGCUCCCCUCCUCCUCUCUCGUGCUGCUGCUUCUUCUUCCGCACUUGCCGUCCAUGGCGACCUGUCACGAGGAGAUGAAGUCCAUCUACGUCGGCCAGAGGGUGGUGCCUAUGCGUCUUGGCCGGCCGGCGUUCGGCCCGGAGAGCCUCGCCUUCGACCACCGCGGCGACGGGCCCUACACCGGCGUCUCCAACGGCCGCGUCCUCCGCUGGCGCGGCGCCCGCCGCGGCUGGACCGAGUUCGCCCACAACCACAAGCACGCGACGGUGGCGGAGUGCGCGGCGAAGAAGAAGCUGGUGGUGCCGGAGAGCGCGUGCGGGCGCCCGCUGGGGCUGCAGUUCCACCGCGCGUCCGGCGACCUCUACUUCGCCGACGCGUACCUGGGGCUGAUGCGGGUCGGGCGGCGCGGCGGGCUCGCGGAGGCGGUGGCGACCGAGGCCGGCGGCGCGCCGCUCAACUUCGUGAACGGCGUGGACGUCGACCAGGAGACCGGGCACGUGUACUUCACCGAUAGCAGCGCCACGUACCGGCGGAGCGACUACAUAAUGAUCAUCCUGACCGGCGACGCGACGGGGCGGCUGCUGCGGUACGACCCGUCGACGGGCAACGCCACCGUGCUGGCGUCCGGGCUUGCCUUCCCGAACGGCGUGGCGCUGAGCGCCGACCGGACGCACGUCGUGGUGGCCGAGACCUCGCCGUGCCGCCUGCUCCGGCACUGGCUGCGCGGGCCCUCCGCCGGCACCACGGAGCCGUUCGCGGACCUGCCGGGGUACCCGGACAACGUGCGCCGCGACGACGGCCGGGGCGGGUACUGGGUGGGGCUGAACCGUGACAAGUCGUGGGCGGCGGAAGGUACGACGCCCCGGUCCGUGGCCGCCGUCAGGGUCCGCGCCGAGGACGGCGCGGCGGCCGAGGCGCUGCGCGGGCUCGGGAACGCCACGGUCAGCGAGGUGGUGGAGCGGGGCGGCGCGCUCUGGCUCGGCUCCGUCGACACGCCCUACGUCAGCCUGUUCAGGAUGAGCCCUGCUGGGCUCUAGUGGUGCACGACGACGCCUGUUGUACGCUCGCUCGUACGAGCAGCCCAAGCAUUGUGGUAACAAUGGCAAGAGACAAUCGUCGCCGUUCAUCAGUAAAAUGGGUGAAAGACAUUUUACCCGUGCGUUUGUGUAUUAUUAUCAUAGUAAAAGAGCCAACAUGAUUCCAAGCAUAAAUGUUAAUCAGGUCCGAAGAUGGUACGUCCUCAGAAUCGCACAAGUCCAUAUGAAGCCUUU